AUGACUUAUAGUGCUGGUACCAGCUCGCUCGCCGGCGGCGGCAGUUUUGCAAAGGAGAAACCCAAGACUUCUCUUCUCUGGUCCAGUCAUUUACUAAUAUUUCCGGCUGUAUCACCAGCCCGGCAUCGCAGGCCUAUCGUCAAGCAUGUACUAUUUCGUAAGGAAGGUUUUGGGGCUUCAAGGGGAGCCGCUCUGGCGGGGUUACGUACGCCAACGGCUGGCGGCAUUACCGAAGAGUCCUCUUGCAGCGCGAUCUUCCUGUCCUCCUCCGCAAGUAUGUGGCGCUCCGUGGCCAAGCAGAUGCCGGCGCUGACCCGCGCCGCUGCGCGCAGCUCGCAGGUGGCGGUUGUCCAGCUGACCGCCGCGCGCAAGAUCGCCGUGCAGACGCGCGCGCUCUCGUCCAGCGCCACCGACGACUACGCGCUGAACCUGGCCAAGGUGCUGGCCCCGGAGCAGACGCUGGAGGAGUUCAAGCAGCUCUACCGCACGCCCGGCGUGAAGCACACGACGGUCAUCAAGAUCGGCGGCGACGUGAUCAUCCACGAACUGGACACGCUCAUCGAGUCGCUGCGCUUCAUGAAGGACACGGGCCUGUUCCCCAUCCUGGUGCACGGCGCCGGCCCGCAGAUGAACGCCGAGCUGGACAAGCAGGGCGUGGAGCCCCAGUACGUGGGCGGCAACCGAGUCACGGACCAGAAGACGCUGGACAUCGCCAAGACCAUCUUCAUCGACACCAACGCCACGCUCGUGGCUGCCCUCAACAAGGCCGGUGUGCCCGCCAAGGGCAUCACCAGCGGCGUCAUCAAGGCCGAGUUCAAGGACAAGGACGUCUACGGCUUCGUGGGCGAGGUGAACGAGAUCCACGGCGACCCCGUGCAGGCGGCCAUCGACGCCGGUGAGAUCCCCGUGCUGUCCUGCCUGGGCGAGUGUGCCAACGGCCAGACGCUCAACAUCAACGCCGACGUGGCUGCGCGCCAGUUGGCGCUCAACCUGCAGCCGCUCAAGACCAUCUUCGUUAACGCCAAGGGCGGCUGGGUCGAGGACGACGGCACGAAGCUCAAGACCAUCAACAUGGCCAAGGACUACGAGCGCAUGGCCGCCCGUGACUACACUGGCCGCCAGGGCACGCUGCUCAAACUGAAUGAGAUCAACACGCUUCUGCAGGGUCUGCCGUCCACCUCGUCCGUGGUGCUUACGUCGGCCUCGCAGCUCAUGCGCGAGAUCGUCAGCAAGAAAAGCGCGGGCACGACGUGCAUCAAGGGCGAGAAGCCCGCGGCUGCCAGCUCCAAGAGCGAUGCCAAGGCCUCGGCUGUUCCGCGUGGCCCCAACGGAAAGUACCGCGUGGGUCUGCUUGGCGCGCGUGGAUACGUUGGCCGCGAGCUCAUUCGCGUGAUCGGCCGUCACCCGGAGCUGGAGCUGGUGUGCGCCAGCUCGCGUGCCCUUGGAGGCGAGAAGGUUGCGAAGGUUGCUGCUGCUCCUCCCCUCAACCCGCACACGAAGCUGCCUGCUAAGCCCGUUGAGGAUGUGAAGCUGAACAUCGACCCUGAGCUGGAGUUCUGCGAGCUCGGACUGGACGACAUCGCUACCUCGCCGUUUGGUGAGAGUGUCGACGUGUGGGUGCUGGCGCUGCCCAACGGCUACUGUGAGAAGUACGCCACUGCCCUGGACGCGCUCCGCCGCAAGGACAAGAUCAUCAUCGACUUGAGCGCUGACCAGCGUUUCAACUCGGAGUGGACGUACGGCCUUCCGGAGGCCCCGGGCGGCCGCACGCGCCUGCAGGGCGCCACGCACAUUGCCAACCCCGGCUGCUAUGCCACGGGCGCUCAGGUCGGAUUGAUGCCGCUGCUUGGUGGCAAGCCGGAGGUGAGCGGAAACCUUCUGGAUGAGAGUGUCCCGCCGCACGUGUUUGGUCUCUCGGGCUACAGUGGCGCUGGCACCAACCCCUCGGCGGCCAACGACCUGAACGUGCUCAAGGACAACGUCAUUGCGUACAAGUCGGUGAAGCACAUCCACGAGCACGAAAUUAGCCACCAGCUUGGCACGGCGGUUCGGUUCAUGCCUCACGUGGCGCCGUACUUCCAGGGCAUCCACCUUACGCUGUCGGCGCAGCUUGCGGACAACGGUGUCAUCACCUCGGCGAAGCAAGCCGAGGAGCUCUACCAGGAGUUUUUCGCUAACGAGGCCCUGGUGAAGGUUCAGUCCGGCAUUCCGUUUGUGAAGGACAACGCGUACCACCCGCACGUGACUGUGGGCGGCUUCCAGCUGGACCCGGACACGGGCCGUCUUGUGGUGAUCUCCACCAUCGACAACCUGCUCAAGGGAGCAGCUACCCAGGCAGUGCAGAACAUCAACGUCGCCCUUGGCAUCGACGAGUACGCCGGCAUUGACCUUGAGUAGAGCGUCAUUUGGCCCUUAUCAUUUUGACGAGCUUAGCCCAUUCUGUUCGACCUUUCUCACACUCUGUCAAAUACACGAACCGUGGAAUAAGGUGAACAACCCAGAGCAGAACCUGUAUCAGUG